UCAACUCAGAAGAUCCGGAAUUCAAGGUCACGCAAGUCUUCACAGUUGAAGCAAGAGAAGAAAAGUCAGUUGUUGACAGACUACAAAGAAUUUCUGACUGGAAAAGAGUUGUGAAAGCAAUAGCAAGAUUGAAGCGACGAGCCAAAUAUGCAACAAACCACAAGGCAAUGUCCAAUGAAAGUAGCACGCUGGAAGAAAGGAAAGAAGCGGAGGAGUUCAUAAUACGCUCUGUGCAGAAGGAAGCAUUUGACGAGGAAAUCAAGUCUUUAAAGCAAAAUAAAGAAGUGGAGGGUUCUCACUUCAAGCUUCAUCAAUUAAGCCCAUUCCUCGACGAGCACAAUGUCUUGAGGGUGGGAGGAAGACUCUCGCAAGCAUCACUCCAUCCACACGUCAAACACCCAGCCAUACUUCCAAAGGGACAUCAUGUGUCACGUCUACUUAUAAAGCACUUCCAUGAAAAGAUUCAUCAUCAGGGAAGGGGUAUGACGGUCAAUGAAAUACGUGCUAAUGGCAUUUGGAUCAUUAGCUGCAGUAGUGAAGUUGCAUCAUUUAUACGCAAGUGUGUCAAGUGCAGAAAAUAUCGACAAAACAGUCAGGAGCAGAAGAUGUCCGACCUGCCAUCAGAAAGAACGGAAGCUAUGUCUCCAUUCACAUACAGCGGAAUGGAUUGCUUUGGACCAUUCUAUGUGAAGGAAGGAAGGAAGGAGAUGAAGAGAUGGAGAAAGGAAUAUUUGUUAAAUCUGCAACAGAGAAGUAAGUGGAACAAGACCAGGAGAAAUGCAAAGGUGGACGACAUCGUUUUGUUACAAGAUGAGUGUGUUCCAAGAAACCAGUGGAAGCUCGCCAGAGUCAUAGAAGUCCUUCCAGGAGCCGACGGCAAGGUCAGAAGGGUUAAACUUCUUCUUGGUGACUCUACUGAAGAUAAAGGAGGAACACGUACCAACAAGACUGUUCUGGAAAGACCAGUCCACAAGACUGUUCUCUUACUUGAAGCAGAGUAGUAUUUGUUAAUGCUUAUUUAUAGUAUUAGCUUCUAUUCAGAAUCACAUACUGUUAGUAUUGUGAUGGUGGGAGUAUAGCAGUUGAUGUCUUAGUAGUUAUU